UAGCUGGAUUAGAAAGUGUCUGCGAGUAAAGACGGAAACAUCUCCUAUAAGAAAUCAAACACCUCAAGGGAGAUGAGAAAACACUCCAAAAUAAGAAGAAGAAAAAGAAAGAAAGAGAGAAGAAUGAUGAACAAGGUGCAUGGUCUGUUUUUGGUGGCUAUUUUCAUUAUUGCUUCUACAAAGCUGGUUAUCGGUCAAUCUUUGCGAAGUUGCCAAACUAGAUGUGGCAACGUCUCAAUCGAGUACCCUUUUGGCAUUUCUACUGGUUGUUACUAUGCCGUACAUGCUAGCUUCAACCUCACCUGUAAUGAAACAACAAAAGAGCUAUUCUCUGGCAAACUGCAAGUGAUCAACAUUUCUCACAGUGGCGAGCUGCGCAUCCUCAAAUCAAGAUCCUACACUUGCUACAACAGCACAGAUCUGACUGAGGGAACUUUCUACACCACAACUCUGCGUAACUUUACUCUUUCCAACAAAAACAGGUUCACUGCCGUGGGUUGUAACACUUACGCGGUCAUGACCACAACUAUUGGAGAUCGAAGCUACUCAACUGGAUGCUUGUCGUUAUGCGAUUCCACUCCAAAAGAAAACGGGGUGUGUUCUGGUGAAGGCUGCUGCUACACCCCCGUCCCUAAGAGGCGCAAACGUUUCAGAAUCAGAUCAAGACGCUUUGACGGGGAGACGUCUGUUAGUGAAUUUAAUCCUUGCUUCUAUGCCUUUCUUGUCGAAGAAGGUAUGUUUAGCUUCUCUCCUUCCCAAGAUCUUCAGAAUCUGCGGAAUGUCACGGAGUUCCCUGUGGUACUGGAUUGGUCUAUCGGAAGCCGUACAUGCGAGCAACUCGGAAACACAAGCAUAUGCGGUCAGAACAGCCUAUGUUUGGACUCUACUACAAGAACCGGGUAUAACUGCAAAUGUAAAGCCGGUUACGAUGGGAAUCCAUACCUUCCAGACGGCUGUCAAGACAUAAAUGAGUGUACUACUAGUAGUAGUAUUCAUAAACACAACUGUUCAGGUUCCAGCAGCUGUGAAAACAUGAUGGGGCACUUCCUUUGUCGUUGCCCAUCUGGCUUUGACUUGAAUGCCACCAACAAUAGCUGCAUGCGUAAACACAAGCCUGAAUACUAUGGAUGGACUCAAAUUCUUCUUGGAACAACCGUCGGCUUCUUGGCCAUCCUGCUUGUCGUUAUCUGUGUACAACAGAAAAUGAAGCACAUGAAAAGCAUUGAGCUCCGGAAACAAUUCUUUGAGCAAAACGGUGGGGGCAUGUUGAGGCAGCGACUCUCAGGAGCAGGGCCAUCAAACGUUGAUGUCAAAAUCUUUACUGAGGAAGGCAUGAAAAAAGCAACUAAUGGUUAUGAAGAAAGUAGAAUCCUGGGCCAGGGAGGACAGGGAACAGUCUACAAAGGGAUAUUACCGGACAGCUCAGUAGUUGCUAUAAAGAAAUCUCGGCUUGGAGACAGCAGCCAAGUAGAACAGUUCAUCAACGAAGUGCUGGUGCUUUCACAGAUCAACCAUAGGAACGUGGUCAAGCUCUUGGGCUGCUGUCUAGAGACUGAAGUUCCCUUGCUCGUCUACGAGUUCAUUAACAGUGGCACCCUUUUCGAUCGCUUGCACGGUUCCAUGUCUGAUUCUUCUCUGACAUGGGAACACCGUCUGAGGAUAGCCAUGGAAAUUGCUGGAACUCUUGCCUACCUUCACUCCUCUGCUUCUAUUCCAAUCAUCCACAGAGAUGUCAAGACUGCUAAUAUUCUCCUGGAUGAAAACUUUACUGCAAAGGUAGCUGAUUUUGGUGCUUCAAGGCUGAUACCGAUGGAUAAAGAGCAGCUCACAACUAUGGUGCAAGGGACUCUAGGUUACCUAGACCCAGAAUACUACAACACAGGGUUGCUAAAUGAAAAGAGCGAUGUUUAUAGCUUUGGAGUAGUCCUCAUGGAACUGCUCUCAGGUCAAAAGGCACUGUGCUUCGAAAAACCACAACAGUCAAAACAUCUUGUGAAUUACUUUGCUUCUGCCAUGAAAGAAAAUAGGUUGCACGGAGUCAUUGACGGACAAGUGAUGAACGAGUCUAACCAGAGGGAGAUACAUGAAGCUUCAAGAAUUGCUGCUGAGUGUACGAGACUGAUGGGAGAGGAGAGGCCAAGGAUGAAAGAAGUAGCUGUACAGCUUGAGGCCUUGAGAGUCACAAAAACAAAACAGCAGUGGUCGGAUCAGUAUCCUGAGCUAGAGGUGAAUGAGCACUUGGUCGGUGUUGAAAUGUUACCAGCACAGGGGGAUACGACUACCACUGGCUAUGACAGCAUCAAGAAUGUGACAAGAUUACACAUUGAAGAUGGGCGUUGAUAUAUUUUUGUCAGUCCAUCUUUCACAAAAUCACUUGUAUCUCUUUUGAUUGUGAAAAAUAAAUAAAGUCAUAUCUUUAAUGCUUCCUCUU